AGAAAAGACCGGGAGCGGCGCCUGCCGCGCACACUCCGGCUCUGCGGGAGGUGGAGAUCAUGGAUGGGGCGGCGGCGUCCUGCCGUGGCUCCGCGGGAUAGCGCGGGACAGCGCCGCGCACCGCCCGCGGGCCGCCCGGCGCUGGCAGGGGCUGCUGCGGCACGGCUUGUCUAACACUACUGAAAUCGUAGACUGGUUGGUGCUUUCUCAUGGGAUCCCUGUGACUGACAAAGGAGAGAUUGUUGUGACUGCUCUGCAAUGACUACAGCAAGAUACAGGCCUACCUGGGACUUGGUACUUGACCCGUUAGUGUCCUGUAAGCUCUGCCUUGGUGAAUACCCCGUGGAGCAGAUGACAACAAUAGCACAAUGCCAAUGCAUCUUCUGUACCCUGUGCCUAAAACAGUAUGUGGAACUUCUGAUCAAAGAAGGUCUAGAAACAGCAAUCAGCUGCCCAGAUGCUGCCUGCCCAAAGAGAGGUCAUCUGCAAGAAAAUGAGAUUGAGUGUAUGGUUGCAUCAGAAAUCAUGCAAAGGUAUAAGAAGCUACAGUUUGAAAGAGAAGUGCUUUUGGAUCCAUGCCGGACUUGGUGUCCAUCCUCUACUUGCCAGGCAGUUUGCCAGCUCCAGGAAUCAAGCCCACAGGACCCUCAACUGGUGCAGUGCAAAGUGUGUGACAUUGAGUUCUGCUCUGCUUGCAAAUCUAAUUGGCAUCCAGGUCAAGGCUGUCAAGAGAACAUGCCAAUCUCUUUUCUUCCAGGAGAAACAAGUUCAGUUUUUAAAAUGGAAGAUGAUGAUGCUCCAAUCAAACGCUGUCCAAAGUGUAAAGUUUACAUUGAACGAGAUGAAGGCUGUGCCCAAAUGAUGUGUAAGAAUUGCAAACAUGCCUUUUGCUGGUACUGUCUGGAAUCUCUUGAUGAUGAUUUUCUCCUUAUACAUUAUGACAAAGGACCUUGUCGAAACAAGCUGGGGCACUCCAGGGCGUCUGUUAUCUGGCACAGGACACAGAUUUACUGGUCACAGGAGCUGACUGUAGUAUACCUGUGGGAGGGUCCUGGCUCUGAUAAGGUAGUAGGCAUUUUUGCAGGAUUUGGUCUUCUACUUUUGGUGGCCUCCCCUUUCCUUCUACUUGCUACACCAUUUGUUCUGUGCUGCAAGUGCAAAUGUAAUAAAGGAGAUGAUGACCCUCUACCUACCUAGCCUGGGAGAAGAUUGGACUCAUCACAUGUUUUGAUUUUACUGUUGCUGUUACGUUUCCCUCUUGCACUUACAUUGCUGUAGCCUUACGUGCCCCAUUCUGCUUUUCAUUGACACAGUCUUGAUUCCAGGAACUGUUGUUACUACCGUUGUACAGAUCACUUGAUAAUAGACAAGGAGGGUAAUAGAAGGCAAGUUAGGUGCUAAAGGGAGACCACAGACCUGAGUAGCUAUCUGAAAUGAAGAGGUGAUACUGCUAAAUAUAGUACAAAAAGUUGGUGCUGCCUUGCUGGUGAACUGGAAACUGUACUGAAUGACAUCAGCAAGCCAAGCUGAAAAAGCAUACAAACUUCUGCAUAUCUAUUUGCUUCCAAAUUUGGUGUUUUAAACAUAUGUUUAAGUUGCCUACUAUUUAAAUCAGAUAGUCAACUUUGUGUGACUUUAUUACACAUCUGUUUUUGUUAAAGCCAUCACAAUGUCCUUUUUAGUACCUAUUUUUCCAAGUGUAACAAAAUUAGUAAGGUGCAUAUAGGCCAUCCUAUGCCUUUCUUGAAAUUUUGGGAGGAUCAGAGGGACAAGUUGGUCCUACUGCCUUCCACAAAUUUUAUAAAGUCUUAUAGGAAAUUUGUUUGGUUAAAAACUACAUUUUAAAAUUAAUUGAUGAAGCUGAAAGGUUGAAUGGUGACACAAACCUGCUAUUUAAUCAAGUUUCUUUUAAAAAUGCAUUGAUGGUAUUGAUUACCCCUGGACCACUAGUGUUUUUCUGAAUUGUUAUUUUUUGCUGUUGUUUAGGGUUCUGGUACACUUACAGGGCUGUGUAAGUUCUAAUCCAGGUAUCUUAAUCUUUUUAUAGAUACAUAGAGAUAUAUAUAUAUAUAUAUAUAAUCCUAUUUAAACCAAAUGUGUAAAUAGCUGUGCUAUUGAAAUAUUUUGGAAAUUCAGGAUAGCUUGCUUCUGUCUUUAGGACAACUAUUAAAAAAUACAGGACUAACAUUACUAUUUAGCAGACUCUUGGGUUAUCAAUGAGUCUUUCUUUUUAAAUACAAAAAUACGUCAUGGUUAUCCCUGUAGUUAAUAUGAAAAUGCCUGGGAUAUUUGUGGAAAUUGUACUUUGCAUUUAAACUACUUAGCCCAUUUUCCAGAGUUAAUAUUGUAUGAUAUGUGGUGUAUUAUGUUAAUAACAAUACUGUGACAAAAUAAGUUUUUAUUUGAGAACUAAUCACUUGAUAGUUUUGCAGAAUUCAGUGCUGUGUUUUCAGGGCAGUAAAGCGUGCUGUUCAACAUACUACAUCAUUGAGGUUUCUCUUUAAAAAUAUUUUGUUGAAAACCAUUUUGCUCUGAUUUUAAAUGCUACAAGAAUUUGACUAGUAACUUCUUGCCAUGAAAUAUGAAGCACCUGAGACAAUGUGUAUGUCUGUAGUACUGAAGCAAAACAUUGUUUUGAAUGGCUUCUGGACUGAAGUUGUACUGCAUUUUUUCUUCAUCAUUUAUUUCUUUGUGUCGGCAGUGUACUGAGAUGGAUGAAUAUCUUGAAGCCAAGAUAACUUUCCACUGAAAAUAUCUUAAUAUUCUCAAAUGGAUCUGGCUGCUGUCACAGGCUGGGAAUAUGUUUUCAUACCUCAACCAUAAAAAAAAAUCCUUGUUAUCUUUUGUUUUACACUGUCUAUCUGUUAAAUAAAAAUGUUGUAGGAUACAGUUUUGAAAAGGGACAAUUUCUUUUUAUAAAACUUCUCCCUUAUCUUCCAAGUAUAGUGCUAUCCAAAUACAAACUGUAUAUAACCAGAGAUUUUAGCUCUAGGAGCUGAAGAUUAUCUGCAUUUCACUUGCUUGGCUUGAUUUUAAUGAGUUCAGCCUCUGUAAUGUGAAUAAAAAGGAUAGCUGGUUUCCAGCAAAUCUGAACUCCUUGUGAUAUCUUCAGAUUGUUUAUGGCAAUGCACAGUUCAUAUCUUUUGUUAUCUGAGUAUUUUUAGUAUUUCAGCUAUCUUUAUUACUAAAAAUUGCUUAGUUGUUAAAGAAUAUCCAUAGGGAAGUCUGGUAAUUGAUCCAUGUUUGCCAGCUCCCAGGGGUGUGUCAAGCACUGCUGACUUGAGCAGGCAGGGAAGUGCUUGUGUUCCUCUGGCUCUGGCAUCAGCUCAGUCCAUCUCCCAGAGGGAUCCCAAGCCACACACCUGAGUUGUCCUGCGUCACAGCUUCAUUGUGCAGAAUUAAUGGAAACCCUUCUGCAAAGGACAGCUUCCUGCAGGUAAGCUUGAACUAUGGCCUUUCCUCCUUGGCCCUGUAAUUCUGUUUAACUGGAGAAAAAAAACUCUGGACAAUAGGAUGUAAAGACUUCAUGGGUUAUUAAUUUUCUAGCUGGGGGCACUGAGGGAUUUUGCUGUAUUGUGGCUGUGACUGAUGACCAGUUCUCCUACUGGGAUCAUAGUAAGCAGGAGAGGUUCAGUGGCCUGUGAACAGUAUUGAGUGUCCUGGUAUGAGGAGGUUUAUUUUCUCUGUGACUUUCUGAGAGGUUUUAUGUGGAAAUACAGCAAAAUUUGACUUUUCCAAAGUGCUGUGCAGCCAGUUAAUAGUCAAUGUCAAAAUUAAUGCAUUUCCAGAUUUAAAAGAAAAAGGAAAGAGAAAUAAGUUCUUUGCAAAUACAGAAAUUUUAAAAUGAUAAUUUAUAAUUGAUACUCACAGGUAACAUUAUGUAUAAUCAGAAAACUGUGUCAGUAUUUCUCUGAUCUCAACGUACUUGAAUUUCUACUGGUGAUUUUAACGACACAGCUCUUGUUUCGCAUCCCAGCUGUUGGGAUAGACUAUAUGCCUACAUAUAUUUACCAAAUACCUACCUAGUCUCUUCAGGUUUGCUAAAUGUCAUUCCAUCUGUAUUCUCGGGGAUUUUUUGUUUGUUUUUGUUAUUGUUAAUAUUAUUAUUACUACUAUUACUAUUUUUAAUGCUGAUUUGGUUCCAAAGUAGCAACUUUUGGUGGUGAUGUAUUAAAUUCAGGGUGCUUUUAUGUUACAGCUUAUGUUGAUACUGUGACAUUUAAUACCCUAAAACUGAAUUGUAAAUACAUCAUUUUAAACUCUGACAUUUAAACCUCCUGCCAUGGGAAUGUUUGUUUCUUCUUCUUUUCAAAUGAAAAUCUGUUACAACAGCUAUGGCUUUUUUUGAACCAGAAAAAUAAGUAUCACAGCAUGAUUUUUGUUGCAUUUUUAUGGUUAUGCUAUUAUUUAGGGGGUGUAUAUUCACACAGAAUCGUAGAAUAUUCUGAGUUGAAGGGACCCACAAGAAUCAAGUCCAGCUCUUAAUUGAAAGGCCUGUUUGUAAAUGCUGUUUAAUGGAGUUUGUAACAGUACAUCAUCUGCAUGUUCUUCUGGGGUGUCAUGUGGUGUCGUGUCUAGUGAGUGUGGAGUCCCAGUUCCAGAGGCUGUGCAUCUCCCUAGGCUUGCCAUUAGCUGGGCUGAAGCCAGUCCUGAGAGAGAUCAGGAGCGCAGCCCACUUCAUCUUCAGUGGUGGUAGUGUUGGGUUUUUCCCUGUGACAUUGGACAAGUCACUUACCACCUUUUAUCUCAGUUUAACCAUCUUAUAAGUGAAUGGACCAGUGUUUACUUCAGGAGGGCUGUGGGGGCAAAUUCAUUGGUUUUGAGGCUCUUCAAAAUGAACAAUUAUAUACAAAAGAUUACUGUAGUUUUAUGUUAAUAUUUCAGUUGUAUUCAUGUUGGCAUUCAUCCUGAAGCCUCCUACUACUGACCUUAGCAUGUCAAGAAUUUAGGAUACUGUCCCCCGCAUACUAAGAAGCAUGAUCUUUUCUCAGAUAUUCUGGUGCAUAAAUUAGGCAAAAGCCCAAAUAACGGCUGACUGGAUCAACACUUCAGUGUACAGCUGAGCUCCUGACAUGCAGAAGACAAUCAAAAUUAGUGAAAAGCUCUCAUUUACGGAGCUGACAGGAUAAAAUAUCCAUAGGUCAGAAAAAUACGAAGUUCUUUUUUUAAAAAAUUGUUGUGGGCAGGAAGAUUAAAAUGAAGUUCUGUGUGCAUUUCAUCUAUAGGCCUUUUACUGUAUAGGAAUGAAUAUUUUUAAUGCAGACCAUUAUCAUUAUAGUGAGGUGCAGCAUGCAUAAACCUUUGUGCAGGUUUGCUUUUUUAAAACCAAAGUUUGUACAUUUCAUGUACAUAAUCUAAAAGCCUGAGGGAAACAAGUAAAUUACAGUUGUUGAUCACAGUGAUAUUAAGGACAUCAAAAAAGCCAGCAUCAGCCCUUAAUUGCUCAUGCACUUGUACUAAGUAAGGCAUGCUAUUUGUGUUUAGAGCCCUGUGGCCUUCAUUACUGCUUUGAUUUGUGUAUAUGUUAUAAGAAUUCCAGGAACAUUAGGUACAGGUACAUGGUACAUAACUGAACCUUUCUUGAUCAUUUCAUUAUGAUGUAUUUUAAAAUUGUAUAGGGAUAAGCAUGAAGGAGUCAUGCAUAUGUAUAAAUAAUGUAUUUGACCAGUGUAAAAAUAGUUCUGUUGAUGUAUUUGAAAUGUAAGUGCAUUUUGUGCCACUAACACUGUGAUGUAUAAAGGAGCUGUUGAAUGCCUUUUAAUGUGGUGUUUUGUACUUUGAAUCAUAUUGGAGAGUUUAAUUUGUAAUUUCAAUAGAUAUUUUAAAUGAA